AUGGGCAACAAACAAAGACGUCGUAUACUAGCCUUCGCUCUGUGCUUCGCCAUCUUGAUUGUCACGGCCGCACAUUACCGACUGCAGCGACAUAAGACCCAUGGCAGGCUUAUCUUCCCGGUCCAAAGGUCUGUCACUGCCUCAACCGACGGCCUCAGGGUGACGGGAUUCGACAAGCCUCAUGGGCUCAAGAUCAUCGGCCUAGUUUUCUUUGGUCGCAGAAAUCGCGUUGAGAUGUUACGAUGCUUCCUCGAGCGCAACUUAGUGGACAAUGGUGGCUGGCUCGACGAGAUUCACUGGGUGAAGAACACCGACAAUCGCCGGGAUCUAGCGUACCUCGACGAGAUACUCUCCUCGUCGCCGCGGUAUAAGAAGGUCGACGUUGAAGGCAUCGGAUUUGUGGGCUACGGACAGGCUUGGUCUCAACUGGAGCCGGGAAAUCUGUAUGUCAAGGUCGACGAUGACGUGGUAUGGUUCGCGGAUGACACGAUACCUCGCAUUGUAAGCAUGAAGCUUGCACAUCCUGACUAUCUGCUUGUGAGUGCCAAUAUCGUCAAUUCACCUCUCAUGGGCUGGGUUCAUUAUCACACGGGCGCUCUACAUCCUUAUAUACCUGAGUUGACCGACUACGAACCCAACAUAUUCACUCUGCGCCAACCAUCGCGAAAGCCGUGGACAUACUGGUCAUAUCCCAACUGGACAGGUCCAGAUGACUACUUCUUCGGGCCGUUUCAAGGACCGCCCUAUGCCGGACACCGCUGGCUGCGGCUGCCGAAGAAAUCAGACAUCUAUCGCACUCCCGUGGCAGACAUCGAGUACAAGACCUGGGGCACAGGCCUAAAGUCCUGGGCAAUCGCCGCACAGGAACACUAUUCGUUCCUGGAAAACCUCGCUGACGAUCGUCUCGACACCUACACCAUGGGCAGAAGCAGCCAUGAUCGCGGAGGCAAUGACAAAGUCUGGCUCCCGAUGGAUCAGCGACUGAGCAUCAACUUGAUCACUGUCUGGGCCGACGACAUUCUGGAUAACCUGCCCAUGGACGACGUUGACGAACAGUGGCUCACGAUCAACCUGCCCAAAAGGCUCCAGCGCCAAGUCGCCGUCAACAUGGACGCGUUGGCGGUGCACUUUACGUUUGGCACACAGGGAACAGUCGAAACGACGGAUUUGCUGGCCAGGUAUCGUGACUAUGCCAUGGAAAACGCGUGCGCGAAAUGGACUUGA